AUGGACUACGCAAAGCACCCGGAAAAAGAUAGUAUCAACUCGCCAGGAGGAAGACGAGAGAACAGCAGUCAAGCUCGAAACAUCCGCUUACCGACAACUUUGACUCCAGCACACUCAACAAAGAAGUCGACCACGGCAACAAUCUGGUUCAAGUUGCUGAGGAUAGCACCCCAAGACCGACCCUUGGUAACACCCCCCAGUUAUCCAGGAGAGGACGUCUUCUACACUCUAUCCAUCGGAAAGAGCCUCGAUUUCAAGGUUGAAACCGAACCUGUCGUGCCCAAGAAUUGGCAAGACUUUGGAUACCAACGACAACACACCACCCGAAACACCAAACCCAACAACCCCCGACAAACUUCUCCCUCCCUCCCCCCCUCCACCACCCCCUCUGCCAGCAGAAUUCCCCUCCCUGGACGCCUUCCUUUCCCAACCCGUACCAACAAGUACUUCCCCGUCAACGCACAACUACCAACCAAAAUGACCUGGCUCGACGUCCUCUCUCUAGCACAGAGCGUUCUAGCCUGCGAGGAGGAGUCCGCCAUUAAUCAGGUUCACGUCCGUACGGUCGGGGAGGUCGACGAGGACCCAGCUGCUGAUGCUGAUGGGCACUCUUUGCUGGUGAAGAGUCAUGUGGCUGAGGUUGAGGAAUGUGUUGACGAUGAUGCAGAGGAGGAGGAUGAAGAUACGGGGAGCGUUAUCAGAAGCUCCUUUAGCUCGUUUGAUAUACGGGAUGUGAAUCUUUCUUUGCAUAAGGAGGUGUCGAGAAUUUGGUCUUGGAGGGAGAAGUGGAGGGGUACGAGGGGGGGUGUUGGGAGGACGGGGAUUUUGAGGUGAUGGGGGGAGCAUGAGGGAUUGAUGGUGCUUUUACAUGAAGCGGAACAUGAGCGAGGAGUUGAAUGCUGGGAUAACUAGCGGACGAAAAGAAGGGGGAGCACAGGGCAGUUAACACUGCCGAUGCAUUUCUUGUUGCAACAGCGUUUAUGGAGUAGUAGCUGUUAUGAGUAUAGCGAUUUUGGGGUUAUUACUAGC